AUGUCAUGUCCCAGCAGCGCGGCUCCCGGCGCCUUCCUGAUGGAGCCGCUGCCUCGCCCCGACCCCUUCGCCCCCGGCCCGGCCAUUUUCGCCCAGCCCGCGGAUUUCUCGCCGCUGCGGAGCUGCGCGGCGCUGCCCAAAGGCGCCGAGGCCUCGCCGGGCUCCUUCCCGUCCUACCUGGCUCACCUGGACGCGUUCCGCGCCGAGCCGCGCCCGCCGCCGAGCUGCGCCUUCCCCGCCGUCAAGGAGGAGAGCGGCUGCUGCCUGUUCGCCCAAAAACGGCCCAAAAGCGCGCAAAACGCCGCCGAGGGCGCGCUCUUCGCCGCGCCGCUGGGCGAGCCCUGCCUGGCCGAGCCCGAGGCGCCGCCGGCCGGUUAUUACCGCUACCCCUCGCUGGAGAAAAGCCCCGAUCCGGCGGAAUUUCGGCCGGGAUUCGAGGGCGAGCGGCUGGAAGCGGCGGCAAACGAGGGCGGCUCGCCCGGAUUCCAGCGCGAUUUCCCCCAAAACGCCGGCGCGGAGCGGCCGCAGGGGGAAAUUAAGUCGGAAAAAGCGAAAGCGAGCGCGGGCGAGGCGGAAAAGGAGAGGGGGAAAAGCGCGGACACCGGCAGCGCCGAUAAUUCCGACAGCGAGGCCAAAGGUAGGGGAGGAUUCGGCGUUUUGUUCCUUGGGUUUUUUGGUGGUUAA